AUGUCUGGUCCCCGCGAGCACCAGCAUCCAUCGCAAUCACAUUUCGGGGCUGUCCCUCUGUCCUCGCCCACCGUCGGCACCACGGCAGCCCAGGCCCAGGCCUUUGGGCUGGGCCACUCUCGAGGCCCAGCUUCCAGCCCUUUCCAGUAUGACCAGCAGCAGCAGCAGCAGCAGUUCAGUCAUGGCCAGCCGACCUUCCAAUCCCUGGGCGCCUUCAUGCCACAGUCUACCGUGGACCGGCAUCCUGGGAAUGUGACCGUGCCCGGUUACGGCAUCGUCGGUCAGCCAGAGACUGUGCCUCAGAGUCCAGUGCCGCUAGCUCCGCAACACCGGCACCACGAGUCCAUACAUUUGCCUGCAGAGCAGCCGGGCUACUCGCAACCCGCUGCUCUCCGAGGUGCUAAUACUGAGCGAUACAACGACGCAUUUCCCGCCUGGAAAACCGAACCGGCUGACAACGCGUCUAGCGUGGCUCUUGGUAACAAAAGCGCGCCGCCCAGCCAGCGGACCUGGCCAACUGAGACGACUCCCAGUCGUGUGGGGAAGCGACCUAGGCUCGAGACUGCAGAGAAUGAAGUACAGCCAGAUACAGCCGAGGAUGAAACUGAGGAGGCUAACAGGCUCGAUCAGCGCCGCCGCACCCAGAUCCGGCUUGCCCAGCGAGCAUACCGAAGUCGCAAAGAGACAGCCAUGAACGACCUGGAGGGUCAGGUGAAAAGGCUCAAGGACGACAACGUAGAGAUGAGAGAAGCGGUCCACGAUCUUGUCAACUGUGCCAAUCAGUACAGUCAUCUUCUAAUUCAAAUGCCCGAGCUCGCGCGGCAUCUGCACAAGGUUCGAGCCCUUACAAAGACUCGCAAAAGCUCAGCACGAUCCGAGGAUUCGACUUCAGAAGACGUGCACGACCGGAGUACCUUGGACGACUCGGAGCCAAUCAUCAAGUCUGAGGAGAGCAAAGAUUUUUCUUCGCAUGGCGCAAAACCAAAUGGCCAAUCUCAGCAACUGCUCGGAAGCACUGCCGCCAGCUACGAUGGUCAUGAUAGCCAUGGCUAUGGAGCAUACCAGAGCCGCGGAAGCUCAGAAUACGAGGUCAUCGCCGUUCCUACCCACGACAAUGCGAGUUUUGCACCGAACAAGAUCGACCUGAGCGCCGACUUCUUGCAAGGCAUGCCCUGGACAGGACAGCCGCAACUCAGUGCGUUUCCCUUGCCCCAUGCGGAUCCCUCCCCCAUGAGUGGCUUCGGCAGAAGGCUACAGCGGCACGCCAGGGAGAAGAUUGCCACCCUGCUUAGUAUGACGAACCCGCCGGCAGAAACCAUUCUUCGCGUCCUCGGUUUCUCGUCCGUGUUUGAAUCACAAGAGGAGGUUCGGAGGCGCAUCAAUGAAGACUUGCAGCGCAGCCGAGAUGAAGUGAUGUACAACAUGCAAUUCCCGUACUACACCGAUGGUGGCAGCACAUCGCAGUAUGUAGACAGGCACCAACAGGCACCGCCAGCCGGUGCGCCGAAUCACUUUAAGAGUGGCAGCAGUUACCAGUCUGGGAGUGCCGAGAUCAGGGCAUCCGACCUGCGAGGGAGACUGUUAGAGAUAUGCAAAGCGAUGCAGUUGCCGAUUGCGAGAAGCGUAAUCUGGGACUGUGACGAGGUAAACCUCUACUUGACACAGAGAGGAGUCUCACUCUCGAAUGCGAAUGAGGCUUGCACCGUGGAGAUCAAUCCCAUGGCGUUCCUGACGCAGGACAGCAGUGCCUCUCAGCUGUCUGAAGUACCUCACAUGGUCGGCCACGCAGCGAAUGAUGGCCAGCCUAACGAUGGACAAUUCAACGAAGUGAGAUGGAAUAACCCGCCCUCAUCAACGUUUGGCGGUCCUGUUCCGCCAGAGUCCUCGUCCUCGUCUGCUGGAGAGCCCCGCAAGAUGGCUUUCUGGGGCGCCGUCACAGCUUUGACUUGA